AUGCCAGAGUUUAUCCGAGCGACCAGCGCCACCAACGACGACGCCGACGACUACGAGGACGCAGCCGAUUUCCUUCGGUUUCCUUUCUUCUGUUGCGGAAGAGACAAGGACAACAAGCAUCUGAAGAUUCGAAGCAGCAAGCUCUCGUACCUGCCGCAACAGACCCUGUACAGCCAUCAGUCUGCGGAGCCGCGCUACACCGCGCAGGAGACUGCGGGAGAGUCUCAGUACGCAGGUAUCCUCGAGCAGCCAAGAAGUGAACAAAAACGUAUGCGCCUAGAUUACGCACAAGCCCUGCAGACCUGCAAGGAGAAGCGACCGCUAUUCGCCGAGAUGGGAUCGUAUAAUCGCGAGAUCCGCAGGCUGACAGAGGAGAUUAAGCAGAUCGAGGCGAUGCAGCUGAUGUGCGGCAAGUCUCGGACCAACGUGGAGCGAGAGAUCCGGAAGCAGAACUUGCAGCAGCAGGCGAUGAUGGACAUCGACAAGAUGCUCAGCGGCAAGAGCAGCAGCCUUGCUGACAUGGGCGAGAUCAACAAGGAGUGUUACAUGACCGUGCGAGACAUCAAGCAGAAGCUGGUACUGUUAACAGUGUCUGCUUCGUCGCUUGGCCUUGCAUGA